AUGGAAACCCAGGCAAGGUCUCUACUCAGCUUUGGCCCAUGUGAGCGUCUAGUCGAUCCUCACCUGAACGAAGACUGCAACAAGUACGAGAUGAAGGCAAUGAUGAUUGCAGCACUCCUCUGCCUCGUGCAUUCAUCCUCUAGGAGACCAUCAAUGAAAACAGUAUGUUUUUACCUCUCAACAACUUGA